CUGAUCACAUUUUAACAGGGAAAUGCCGGUUAUCCGCAUUUCUCUCCUCACAAGCUGUCACGCUGACAGCUCGGGACAUGUACACAGAUCAUCAAAGCACUGAUGAUCAGUGUGCCCUGAUGAUCUGUGUAGCCCCAGCAGUGCCACCUGUCAGUGCCUAUCAGUGCCAGCUGUCAGUGCUCAUCCAUGCCACAUCAGUGCCACAUUUCAGUGCCUACCAGUGCACAUCAAUGCCACAUAUCAGUGCCCAUCUGAGCUGCCUUUCAGUGUCACCCAUCAGUGUCAGUCAGUGCCACCUAUCAAUGCCAGUCAGUGCCACCUAUCAG